AUGGCAAGGAUUUCACUUAACUACAUUCUGAUGUGCGGGCAAGUUCUCCUGCUACUGUCAGUGUUGCUUUUGCAAUGUUUGGAAGGAAUACACUCCCAGAAUUCAUCAGACUCACCCGGACAGAGGGCAACAACAGCUACAUUCAGUGUCAGUGAGCAGCCACAAGAUAACGUGACGACGUAUCACAUAAUACCAGUUGAACGCAUGAAUUAUACUGAACUAUAUGAAUACAGGCCUCCGUCACCGGUUGUCCUCUGCAGUUAUCUGUAAGUAUUUUAUUUGUGUUUCAAUAACAACAGUGCCACAUCAAUUUGCUUUCAGAGACUGCCCUCUCAAAGUUAAUGUGUGUCACCUCUUGCUUUACAUUUUCAGAGGGACUUCACCCUGCCUGUUUUCUAAACGCCCAUAUACAGUUCUUCACAUGUGCUACAUAAAAUACACAGACUAAACACGUCAUUUUACCCUUUUUCUGUGCAUGUGAAGACCCGAGGAGUUCAUCCACUGUCAAGAUCCAGUGGACCAUGCACAGAACUCCACUGCCAUUCUGGAGAUGGGACAUGGUUGUUGGAAGGUAUGUCAAACCAUAGUGGAUAGGCCCCCCACCCCCCUCUGUGGCCUUACAUGAUGAUAGUAUGAUGACUAGUCAUAAACAGAUAUAUUAACUGGCAUAGUUGAACAUUCAGGUCAGAUUCUUGGUAUUUCAUGUGUAGACUUUAUUGUGUCAUCUCAUGUCAUUCAACUAAAUCAACACCUUUAUUUAGUUUGGAGGGCAGGUACACAAAGACGUGAAUCACACACCAGUCAUCUGCACGGCACUGGAUGACAUAGAGUGUGCUGGACCCAGGGAGUUCCUGAGAGGGAACGAGCCAUGCAUCAAGUAAGGGAGAAUCUAGCUACUGUACUUGACUCUGCAGUUUCUGACAAGCUCAUGCGUCAUUGAUUGUUGUUACAUGAUGAUAAUAGUAAUUCCCAGUUUACGGUACAGAUAGACUCCCUGCCUGACUUCACUAGUGUUCAACAGAUUUGAAAUACCUGCUUGGAGGUCAAUACUAUAUACACUGCUCAAAAAAAUAAAGGGAACACUUAAACAACACAUCCUAGAUCUGAAUGAAUGAAAUAAUCUUAUUAAAUACUUUUUUCUUUACAUAGUUGAAUGUGCUGACAACAAAAUCACACAAAAAUGAUCAAUGGAAAUCAAAUGUAUCAACCCAUGGAGGUCUGGAUUUGGAGUCACCCUCAAAAUUUAAGUGGAAAACCACACUACAGGCUGAUCCAACUUUGAUGUAAUGUCCUUAAAACAAGUCAAAAUGAGGCUCAGUAGUGUGUGUGGCCUCCACGUGCCUGUAUGACCUCCCUACAAUGCCUGGGCAUGCUCCUGAUGAGGUGGCGGAUGGUCUCCUGAGGGAUCUCCUCCUAGACCUGGACUAAAGCAUCCGCCAACUCCUGGACAGUCUGUGGUGCAACGUGGCGUUGGUGGAUGGAGCGAGACAUGAUGUCCCAGAUGUGCUCAAUUGGAUUCAGGUCUGGGGAACGGGCGGGCCAGUCCAUAGCAUCAAUGCCUUCCUCUUGCAGGAACUGCUGACACACUCCAGCCACAUGAGGUCUAGCAUUGUCUUGCAUUAGGAGGAACCCAGGGCCAACCACACCAGCAUAUGGUCUCACAAGGGGUCUGAGGAUCUCAUCUCGGUACCUAAUGGCAGUCAGGCUACCUCUGGCGAUCACAUGGAGGGCUGUGCGGCCCCCCAAAGAAAUGCCACCCCACACCAUGACUGACCCACCGCCAAACCGGUCAUGCUGGAGGAUGUUGCAGGCAGCAGAACGUUCUCCACGGCGUCUCCAGACUCUGUCACGUCUGUCACAUGUGCUCAGUGUGAACCUGCUUUCAUCUGUGAAGAGCACAGGGCGCCAGUGGCGAAUUUGCCAAUCUUGGUGUUCUCUGGCAAAUGCCAAACGUCCUGCACGGUGUUGGGCUGUAAGCACAACCCCCACCUGUGGACGUCGGGCCCUCAUACCACCCUCAUGGCGUCUGUUUCUGACCGUUUGAGCAGACACAUGCACAUUUGUGGCCUGCUGGAGGUCAUUUUGCAGGGCUCUGGCAGUGCUCCUCCUGCUCCUCCUUGCACAAUGGCGGAGGUAGCGGUCCUGCUGCUGGGUUGUUGCCCUCCUACGGCCUCCUCCACGUCUCCUGAUGUACUGGCCUGUCUCCUGGUAGCGCCUCCAUGCUCUGGACACUACGCUGACAGACACAGCAAACCUUCUUGCCACAGCUCGCAUUGAUGUGCCAUCCUGGAUGAGCUGCACUACCUGAGCCACUUGUGUGGGUUGUAGACUCCGUCUCAUGCUACCACUAGAGUGAAAGCACCGCCAGCAUUCAAAAGUGACCAAAACAUCAGCCAGGAAGCAUAGGAACUGAGAAGUGGUCUGUGGUCACCACUUGCAGAACCACUUCUUUAUUGGGGGUGUCUUGCUAAUUGCCUAUAAUUUCCACCUGUUGUCUAUUCCAUUUACACAACAGCAUGUGAAAUGUAUUGUCAAUCAGUGUUGCUUCCUAAGUGGACAGUUUGAUUUCACAGAAGUGUGAUUGACUUGGAGUUACAUUGUGUUGUUUAAGUGUUCCCUUUAUUUUUUUGAGCAGUGUACUUACCUGUCCUGGAAAUGGAAAUUGUUUUGGAAGCUAACAUGGAUUCACCACUAGAGAGCAGUAUUUACAAACCUAUAGGACACCUUUACAACAUGUUGCAAUACUUUUAAUGGCUCAUGGCUAGAUGGGAUACCGCUUAUGUCAAAUUGACAUCAAAAGUUGUUUUUUGGGGGCAUUUUAGCUAACCCUAACCCAUUUCCUAACCUUAACCAAAUUAUCCUAACCCACUACAUUAAUUAUCCUAACCUGCUGCGUAAUUUUUCUAACCUGGUACGAAAAGUCAAUUCUGGUCAAUUCUGACAUAAGCUGUAUUCCAUCUAGUCAAAAUCAUUUUAAUGGGCUCCCCUGGUCUUUACUUCCGGUUAUUGACACCUUGUUGUGAUUUCAGAUACACUGGCCACUAUUUCAUCACCACCCUGCUGUACUCAUUCUUCCUGGGUUGCUUUGGAGUGGACAGGUUCUGCCUGGGGCACACAGGCACAGCCGUGGGCAAGCUGCUGACCCUAGGAGGCCUGGGCAUCUGGUGGUUCGUGGACCUCAUCCUCCUCAUCACCGGAGGCCUCAUGCCC